AUGGAGUGUAAUUGCGUUGUAAAGCGAACAAAGAAAGCUCGUUCUUUUACUUUGGAGCAAUCGCCGUGUGCAGACGAGUGCGCUGAAGCACAAAUGUUACCAAGCGACUUGAAAUUAGAGUGGGGUAGAUAUAGGGUUUCACUGCUCCAUGCUAACAUAAGUGAGUUCGACUAUUGGCUUUUCAAAUUGGCGACGUGCGCUAGUCAAGUCGUCUCCGUAAAUACUUCCGAAGAUGUCGUCAAAGUUAACAAUAAUCAAUUUAAGAAAAGGGUGCUCGUGCACGGCGUAGUUCACACCAACAGUGCCACAAGCUCUCAACCUUAUUGCCUUCAGUGCAGUGGUGAUCAUCGACUGGAGAAAUGCAAACAGUUUUGCGAUUUGUCUACCAACGAUAGAUGGUGCUUUGUUCGCGACAAUAAGCUAUGCAUCAGAUGCUUCCGCAAACAUUUCCUGAACAACUGCCCAUUGCAUAGCCGUUGUGAUAUUGAUGGUUGCACAAAGCCACACUAUGUUCUGCUCCAUUCAAAUUAUUCGGUCAAUCCAAGCCAUAAAGCAGCUGUGAUGUUACAUAAGGAAGAGCAGGCGACAAAGACAUUGUUGCGUUACGUUCCAGUAAUACUCUAUGGAAAAUCCAGUUGCAUAAAGACGUAUGCGUUAAUAGACGAGGGAUCCACAUGUACACUCUUGAAGAAACACAUUGCUGAAGAGCUUGGUUUGGAUGGUCCAUCAGAUGAGCUGUGUCUCAGGUGGACGGGUGAUAUAACACAGGUAGAGUCUAAAUCUAAAAAUGUUACCAUAGGGCUCUCUUCUACAAAUGAAACAUCGCCUCGGUUUAAUCUUCGAAACAUACGCAUAGUAGCUAAUCUUGACCUUCCAAAGCAGUCGUUGUUACAAGAAGUACUCUCGUCGCACAGUCAUUUGCACAAUUUGCCUAUCGAACCAUAUGCUGGGGGGCGCGCUACUUCAAAGGUGAUGUACAUCUGCUCCUGUAUGUCAACUGAACGCAUGGAUGAAAUGUUAAAGGCUAAUUACGAGUUAGAGGCAGUGGGUAUUAGCAUGAAAGACGAACCACUGAAAUCCAAAGCAGAUGAACGGGCUCUCGCCAUUAUGCAAUCGACUACAAAGUACUUGGAAAAUGAAAAGCGUUGA